AUGUGUAAGGGACUUUCCUACCUCCCAUCCUCAUGCCUGGAGAAAAGUUUGGAUGGGAAGGCUCCACAGCAUUUAGAUGCUCUGCUAAACAACAAAAACACCCUUCAUGCUUUCCGCUGCUUCCUGAAGUCAGAGUUCAGUGAGGAGAACCUGGACUUCUGGUUGGCUUGUGAGGAAUACAGGGUUUCUCCCUCAAACGUACUGAAGUCCAAGGCCUCUGUGAUCUACAGCAAGUUUGUCAAUCCCAGUGCUCCACAGGAGGUGAAUUUGGAUGCUGAGACCAGGGAGGCACUCUUAAAUGUGAUGGACUCUCCCUGCUCUGACACAUUCGAUACAGCACAGCAGAGGAUCUUCAGUCUAAUGGCCAAGGACUCCUUUCCUCGCUUCCUGCGCUUAACCAACAGCAUCGAGACCAAUCGGGCGUAUUAG